AUGGACCACCUUCCUAUCGUUCGGCCUCGCACACCGACUGGUCCACUGGGUUAUUUGAACUUUCCGCCUGAGAUAAUGAACAAAAUUUACCGAGAGGUAUUCGUGGACAACAGCCAGGUCCUCGCUUUUCUGUGUUCCUCGGAUUCCGCGUGCCAGUCUUUCCACUUGGGACAGGCGGUAGCCGCGCACCAAUCUCCCCGUCACGACCAACUUGAUUGGACACAGCUCUACGAUGAUCGCUACUAUAUCACCAGCAGUGGCUUAUCAGCUCAGUUUCUCCGUGUUUGCCGAAGGAUAUGGUCAGAAGGUUCGCCUGUGCUGUACGGCAACAUCACGAUCGCCAUGCGUUGCACUCCUGUCCAACUUGAUCCCUGCCUCCCUCGGUUCUUCAGACGCAAUACCACAUAUGUGCUUGCCUGGGCCCAUUUUGUGUAUCCA